GAACGGCCAAACCAGUCGGUGGCAAACCGUCGGUCGUCAGACGACGAUGGUCGGGUGAAGUCGGCUGUAAUCGUACGUAAAAGAGAAUUGAGUGUCGGUCGAUGCUCCAACGAUUUUGUAAUAGAUGACACGUGGACGUUACACACACGAGCGCUGUCAUUCAUAAGAUCACGAAGAGUACGUAGUAGUUAAAUGUAUCGUGGAGUGUCGCAGUGUGUGUAUGUGUGAUCAGUAAUGGUGAUGAUGUGUUACUUUCGGGAUUGGUGAAAAACGUGCCGGGGAGCGCAUGUUGCACCCUUCGAAGUUCGAUCGGUCCGAGGGCAGCUGGGAGAAAGUUCUUGAAGGGGGAUGCUCUGAUACAGUGUGUAAACGUGCUCGCGUAAGGGUGAAAGGCCAUCCAGGCAGCUCGAAUCAUGACGAAGUACUGGCUGAAUGUAGCCCUUCUCAGGGUCGUUCUACCAGUCAUCUUAGCUGGAUGUACAAUAUGGCGACCAACAGUAUUGUCGGGCAUUUAUUUGGGACUGAUGCUUUAUUCUCCGAUGGUUCCAAUACCAACGCACAAAACUAUGACAGGUCAUACGGGAAUAUACCUGAAGACUUGCAUUUGCCUAGCCUUUCUUGUAGUCAUAGCCCAGAUUACUUUUCACAUAGUUCUUUUGUCACUACCGCCCUACGGAUACUUUCUACAAAAUUGCGUGUUUUUGGAGAAACUCUUCAGACACAUAGGCUUUGUCAGAUUAGAUAGCGCAUCUGUAUGGGAAGUAUUUUAUUGGCUGACGCCGGAAUUGAUAGUGUUACCCACUGUACUCGUCAUAUAUUUUAUAUCUCGUUUCCUUACGCAAAACCGUGUUGGCGAUGAAGUAGAUCAAACUGUUCAGGAAAAUAAUUCUGAACGACAAAAAACGGAAGACAAUACCACAAAGAUAAUCAAUUUCCUGGGAGGUAUCGGUACCUACGUUGUGUUAGCGUCAUUAUGCUGUGUCGCGGCCUUGCAGCCAUCGAUAGAGGCGGCUUUCUACUUCCUGGUGUUUCUUGGUGCCGCUACGUGUUGGGCAUGCAACAAAGAUCUGGGAAAGGGUUUUGCCGUGAUCUGCAGGAUCAUCAUGGCCAUCGUGAUGGUUCACAUCGUUAUCUUGCUCGCCUACCAGAACGAAUGGCCGCAGGAGAUCAUUCCGGUAUCUAGUGCCUGGUCGCGUUACUUAGUCCUAACUGCAGUUUAUCACACCAAUUGCAGCAAUCCAAGAAACGUGGAAUACACAGAUGAUGCUGAUUGGUUGAUUUACGGAUAUACUCUGAGAUUGUUCUGGCUGUACUACAUUCUCGCAUUGCAAUCGCAAUUUCUCAGAAGAAAACCGGCGUUACAGGCAAAGGAAGCAAAACGAUUAAGCGGCAGACUGGAGAAUCUGGACACUCCAUUGUCCAGACACGUGUCCAUCAGGCGCAGGACACCUUCCCAAAGAUGGCAAUCGGCGCGACGUAAGGCUCGUCUGAUGCGAUUUGGAUCUGGAAGGACGGGGCUUCUUCAGGACUCUACUACCGGCAGCAUCAUCGUCAAUCAGGAGAACCAGCAGGACGAUAAUAUACAAAUGCAGAGUCUCAGUGAAGGAACGCCUGAUGAAACGCCGGGCAUCGUUGAGCAAAUAAUUAUGGCGGUGUACUCUAUCUUCCAGUUAAUAGUAAAUUCGUCAUAUCUUGCUACAAACAUAAUAAUGAUGACAUGGAGUAUAAUGUAUCACAGCUGGACAACGUUCGUUCUGCUCUUAUGGGCGCUAAUUCUGUGGAUGGUUCCCAAUAAACGUGCUUCCAUGAUGAAGUGCUCUCCCUUCAUUGUGUUUUACGCCACCCUCUUACUUCUCGGACAAUAUGUAUACAGUAUGGAUUUGACCGACGAAGAAUUGCCGAGAGUAGUAAAAGGCGUAAAGAUUUCUGAAAUUGGCUUCAGCAAAGCCGACCAGCUCGGCCGCUGGCAUCUCAUUGUUAAAUGCGCAUUUAUAUCGAUGUUUUGGAUUACUAUGAGGCAAUAUAUGACAGAACAAAAGCAACAGCGACGAUCUUCUGCCCUGAGAGACAUGGUAGCGCCGUUACACGUAUCUGUCUCAACGGCGACUACCGCUAUGAGUCACGAGGCGCCGGAGAUCAAGAGCAAAUUUAUGAAAAAUAUUGGAAAGCUGUUGCAAGACCUAUUAACAAGAUUCUGGAUUGCUGUGGUAGCGAUUAUGCUAUUCAUCUGUGGCAUUACGGGCGAACGCAUGACGAUGUUCAGAAUCGUUUACAUGUCGCUCUUCCUUAUUUUCGUCAUCACAUUCCAGAUAUCGUGGAUAGCAUGGAGAAGGAUGAUGUAUAUAUUUUGGGUGACUGUCAUCGGAUAUUCGAUCAUCAUGCUGAUCCUUGUUUAUACAUAUCAAUUUCAGAAUUUUCCAAAAUAUUGGGAUUAUAUCGGAAUAGAUCAAGAUUUACAAAUGGAUAUCGGAUUGGAGAUCUACGCGAUCAAAGACUUGUUCGUGAGAUUACUAACGCCAACCUGUUUCGUCAUUAUUACAGUACUUCAGAUUCAUUAUUUUCACAAGGAUUUCCUAGAAGUCACCAAUAUCGAUAGAUUAGGGGCCGAGAGCUCAUUUAGACGCGCCAGCUUAGGACGCUCUCCCAGUUUAAAUAUUCCAGUAUCUUCACCGACCGAUAUUACACUUACUGAAGACGAGAAACACACAAUGUACACAUUGAAACAAUUAAAACAUAUGUCAAAAUUAGAGAGAAUUGCGCUGUUACGAAAAAUAACAAAGCAUCUUGUAAAUUUUUACAAUUACAUCUGGCUCUUCCUCGAAAUACACAUGCAAAAAAUUGUCUUUAUUUCAUUCGUUCUUCUGUGCGUCGACGAUGUAUGCGCAAUAAAUUUCUUUUUCAUCGUUGCCGUAGUUAUAAUAAUUAAUUUUAAUAGAAACAUACAAAUCAAAUCGAUUAACGCGAUGGCUGCGAUAGUAUCGCUUCUAACGGUCACAAAGAUGUUGUAUCAGAUUCAAUACAUUAAUCAUGAAAAUUGGAACGUCAACUGCACCAGCUUCGUCGGUGAAAAUCAUACCGAAUAUAAUGUAACCAAAUAUAAUAUAGCCGAGUGGUUUGGAAUGAAGAAAGUAUAUCCGAGUAGGCUCCCGGAUUUGUUGAAAGGUUAUAUCGGUAUCGUUACUGUGACGACUUUUAGAAAGAUCAUCAGAGUCCGCCAAUGGUUUUAUCGCCACAGUAAAGGAGAACCAUUGGAUACUCCUCAAGUAAUGUUCCCAAGCAUCACCAGAAUGGACGCUGACAAAGGAAUACCGGAGUGUUUAAAGUUCCUCUUCAACUAUGGUUUUUAUAAAUUCGGCCUCGAAAUGUGCCUUAUCGGGAUUGUUACGUUGAUUGGCACAAGACUAGAUUGUUAUUCCGUUUUGUACAGCGUAUGGUUGCUAAUAUUUUUUUCAUUAAAGAGAAAAACUGUAGCACGAAUUUGGCCCUGCUUCAGAGUUUUCGCUAUAAUUCUUCUACCUAUCCAAUACGCCAUCGUUGUGGCUCCACCUUCAUGGCUUUGUAUAGAUUAUCCUUGGAACGACUCUGAAAUAAUGAGAAGAUUGCAAGAAUGGAUGUAUCUUCCUGAUCCAGACUUCCCACCAAAUUCUAAAAAACUAAUUUGUGACUUUAUCUUAUUAAUGAUGAUUGUACGACAAAGUCUGGUAUUCCACAUUGAACAACAACAUUUGCAACCUGGCAAGGAUUUUGUAGCUGGUCAUAAUUAUUCCGUUUUUCAAGAUAUGGAAAAGCCAAAUUUUGUGAAUCCCGUGAAAGAUUAUGUAUCGCAUAUUCAUUCAUGGCUGGACGUAAUUAAACGUGCUAGCAUGAUGAGUCUUAUGUGGGUAACCCUGGCCAUUAUGUUUUUGGCUGGAACAAAAAGAACAAAUCUGUUUUCGCUCGGUUAUCUCAUAGGAGCGUUUGUAUUCCUUUGGCAAGGAAGUGACUUUUACUUAAGCCCAAUGAGGACCAUUUUGAAACGAUGGAACAUGUUGAUCGGAUACAACGUCAUUGUUAUUUUGACAAAAGCUGUUCUUCAAGGAGUGGGUUGUGUCCUUAUUAAAGACCUCGAACAUUCAGCUUGUUGGCUAGUGCAAUUACUGAGUAUCGCAUGCCUGAAAAAGUUCAAGAGUUCCAGCAGCGAGAUAGUAUUGGAUCCGAACAAAUGUACUGUCACCACUGAAGACAUCGGCAUGGUUUGGGAUGGAUUAUGCUUUGCUUUCCUCUUGAUGCAGAAGCGACUUUUCAAGAGCUAUUACUUCUUCCACAUAGUAGACGAAACAAAAGCCAUGAGCAUUCUAGCAUCUCGCGGCGCGGAACUGCUUGAGGAACUGCAUCAGAAGCGUAUAGAAAUCCAAGAGAAUGUGGAGAAGAAAGUUUUAGAAAAAUUGAAAAACAAGAUGGACAAAAUUAAGGCCAAUCAGCAAAAGAUACAGAAACCAUCUUACAGAGAACCCGAGACUCACAAAGUCGAUGAAAUCUAUCGAGGAACACGGCCAUUGUACAAAAUUCACCCGCCGCGGACUCAUGGAGAGGCAAUCAGAUCGGGUGACUACUAUAUGUUUGAUGAUCUGGAUGACGAUGACGUCACUGAUCUUAUUCCUUGCAGCGACCUUGAAAAGAAGGAAAAGGAACAACGCCGUGAGCAAGAAGGACGAAAAAGGAGAAUGACUGUUUCAGAAUUGAUGAACACGGUGAUUAAGACAGACAUUGAGAUCGCGACACAUGUCGCCAUGUACGGAGGAACAGAAAAGGACGCCCUGAGACUCCGGCGUAGAAGCGUACCUUUGACACGGAAGAAAUCAUCCAUGUCCUAUUUGAGCGCUCGCUCCGAGACCGACACUGCUAUGGCCACCGAUGGUCCCGAUCGAACAAGUCUCACUUCAGUAGAAAUGGAAUCCGAAGAGAAAGAAGUUACUGAUUUAGCUAAAACACCAGAACCAUCAGACACAGAGGAAAUAGAAGAUAAAAAGAGUGACGAGAAGAAAGAAGAAAAGAAAAAAGUCUCCUUAUUUACAUACUUCAAGUUUCUCUUGGUCAUAAUUAACAGCACUCUAACUUCGAUGACGAAAUACCUAAAUCGAUUCUCCUACGAUUACAGAUACAUCCGCAAAGUUUUAGCCAAAGAAAAAAAAAUCUUAAAGGAGAAACCAGAUUUUAAAAUGGGAACGCGACUAGGAAUUAAUCAAAUGUGGCAACCUCUGAUCCAGGAACGAUCUACAAACGACAAUACGGAGGAGCAAUAUGAUCCUGGAGAAGGUCCUAGCCAACUACACCAGCAGGAUAAAAGGAAGAGGAGCUCGCUGACAGUGCCACACAUCCGAAUUCUGGCGCCGAGUUUGGAGCGAGGAUUGGACAAGUCCUCCUCCAGCACACUUUUCUCGCAAGCCUUGCAAGUUCAGCAAGACGAAGAAAUUGGGGAACUCUCAGAAGUGGAUCAACCACCUAUCAUACAGUUUGCAGCAUCCAUCUGGUUUGGAAUUUUGGCGCAUUCCAGUUUGCUUUGUUACUUUAUGGUGUUCCUUCAUCAAAUUAACAAUGCGUCUGUACUCUCGACACCGUUACCAUUUAUGGUGUUCUUAUGGGGUUCUUUGACGAUUCCGCGACCUUCCAAAACUUUCUGGGUGACAUUAAUUGCAUAUAUUGAGGUCAUUGUCAUAAUAAAGUGUAUUUUCCAAUUGGAACUGAUCCCCUGGAAUCAAAAGGCUCCAAAGAACAGUCCAUUAUAUGGACCAAGAAUAUUUGGUAUUCUAAAAGAAUCAAAUUACGCUCUAUGGGAUUUAUUACUCCUCCUUAUAUUAUUUUUCCAUAGAUUUAUGCUAAAAUCUUUGGGUCAAUGGACAGCUGCAAAUUUAAAACCACGGAAAGUUAUUCCUUCUCAAUUAGCUAUCAUGCCGUCGAAGCAACCACCUUCAGACAAAAAACAAGAAGAAGAAGACAAACAACAAGAAAAUGGUAUACAGGAGGAAAACGAUUCUCAUGUAAAGGAAAAAGAACCUCAAAGACAAUCUUUAAGUAUCCAUGAUACAGAUAAUGUUUCGCCUGUAUCAGAUGAAAACAAGAAGCUCGUACCUGUACAAGAAGAAGAGCAUCUUCGCAGUAAAUUGUUUUCUAAAACGAUGAAUACGACAGUCAUUAAACGCGCCAAGCCAAUAAAAAACUUCUUUAUAAGAAUUAUCGAUCCAACCGGCAAAGAGAAAACAAAUGUUUACGCUUACAUGUUCCUUUGUGACUUCUUUAAUUUCCUUCUGCUUAUUUUCGGAUUUUCUGCAUUUGGAACUCAACAAGGCGACGGCGGAGUAACAGCGUACUUGCAGGAAAAUCGAGUUCCUAUGCCUUUCCUAUUAAUGUUAUUAUUACAAUUCGCUCUAAUCGUUAUCGAUAGAGCUCUUUUCCUUAAAAAAUCUAUUGUAGGAAAGUUAAUUUUCCAAUACUGCUUAGUAUUCGGAGUUCAUCUAUGGAUGUUCUUUAUUUUACCGAGCGUAACAGAAAGACAGUUCAACGAAAAACUUCCACCACAAAUCUGGUACAUGGUAAAAUGCUUCUAUCUUUUACUAGCGGCUUAUCAAUUACGACAAGGAUAUCCAACUCGAAUAUUGGGUAAUUUUUUAUGCAAGAAGUACAGCAUUGUAAAUUAUGUCUUAUUUAAAGGAUUUAUGUUGGUUCCGUUUCUCUUUGAACUUCGAGCAGCGAUGGAUUGGAUUUGGACUGAUACGUCCAUGACUAUAAUGGAUUGGUUUAAGAUGGAAGACAUUUUUGCUAGUAUUUAUCAAAUCAAAUGUAUGCGAGGAGUUGAAUCAGACUAUCCUCAACCACGAGGAGUAAAGAAAAAACAAAUUAGCAAAUAUUUGGUAGGCGGGAGUGUUCUUUUGCUCAUAAUCGCCUUAAUUUGGUUCCCAUUACUUCUAUUUGCCCUGGGGAGCACCAUAGGCAGGUCGAACUUGCCUUACGAUGUGUCCAUGAAAAUACGAAUUGGUCCAUACGAACCCAUCUAUUCUAUGUCGGCACAGGGCAAUUCUAUUAUUAAUUAUACGGAAAAUAACUACAAAGACCUUACAAAUCUAUACUCAGCUGAAAAGUCAGCUGUUACCUUUUUUGAAAAUUAUGUCUAUUCUGAUGUUGCUGCAGUAAGAUUCAGUACUUCUUCGGGAGCACUUUGGCAUAUUUCUCCACCUGAUAAAGAAAGAUUGAGAAAUGAAUUAGCUUCUAAUAUUACGAAAGUAACUGUACACGUGGAAUGGACAGUUUCAAGAAAAACAGACGCCAAAGAUGCCAGUGGAAUUACUUCAACGGUUCGAGAUAUAAAUUUGCCACCAUACGUGAACGGAGAGUUGAAUCCUGCAAGACAAAUAUUAGCGGACAUGUUGAGCGAGGAUUCCGGUGUAACAAAUGCGACAAUAGUAUUGCAAAGCGCUUUUCCAAAAUUCCUCAAAGUCACUACUAGAACGACCAGUGUUGUCCGACAAUUAAUGGAACCGCUAAAUCAAUUUAACACCAACGACCACGACGGCCACCUUUACAGAAACAUGAGUGUUCAAUUAUCAACGAAUAAGACAUGUUGUGAUCAUAAACAGUGGUGGGUGGUUAAUGAAGAAUGCACGGAUUCUGCGUACAUCGGUUUUUUGAACAAAAUACCACAAAAUGAUUGUAACUAUAUCAUGAUGUUUCUAUUCAAUGAUAAGGCUUUUCCCGAGGAUUUAAGUUUUAUCAGUGGAUUCGGGAUCCUAGGAUUGUAUACCACGGCAGUGAUAGUCAUAAGUCAGAUGAUGAGAAAAAUUGUCAGCGAUAUGGCACCUAAGAUUAUGUUCGACGAUUUACCUUAUGUCGACAGAAUUCUUCGCCUUUGCUUGGAUAUCUACUUAGUCCGCGAGAGCGGUGAUUUAUGUCUUGAAGAAGACUUGUUUGCCAAAUUAAUCUUCCUCUACAGAUCACCGGAAACAUUAAUCAGAUGGACGAGACCCCCCGAAGAAGGAGAGCGAACUGACAACGAGGAUCAAGAUGAAGAGGACGAAGAAAUACUAGAUGAAGAAAGAAGACCGUUGUCUCGUCGUGACUGAGAUCUAAGGAAAAAAUAGAAUUUUUAAGUAAUUAAUGCUUUAUACGCAUUGCGCAUGCAAAUGUCACUUAAUACAAGAGAUCUGAAUUGCAUUUUCUUAUUAGUUAAGAUAGUUUUCUAUUCAUAUUUUCUUAUUCAUCCUUCAAGAUGAAUAAGAUAAUAUUAAUAACGAAAAUUGUUUUUUAAAUCAUGUUUAAAAUUAUGAAAAAAUACGAAUAGACAUUCAAUCUAAAUUGAAAUAAUCAAAAAAGUUAAAUGCUUCAAAAAACUUGAAGGAUACUUUUGAAUUUGCACGAUGAUAAACUUGUAUCGUUUUUAUGUUCGUAUAUUUUGUAAAUAUUGAUUUAUGAAUAUUUUUAGAUGGGAAAAA